AUGGACCCGCCGACGUUCUGGGAAUCUACUUCGGAUGCCUUCAUUCGGGAUGGCUACAGUAAAACAGCACAAGACUAUUCUUUGUAUGACUCACCGGAGUCGCCUCUGCCGUUAAGUAUUGCCAGAUGUCAAAGACAAUUUUUGAAGAAGGAGGACGGAUGGUGGAAGGUAGUGCUUGACGAAAGAUCAAUAGGCGAUGCUGAGCCGUACCAGAUACCAGACUUCGAAGAAACGAUUUGGAGCGACGCGCAAGCUAAUGAAUGGAUUGAAGAGUUCUUCGACCAAUGCUACUCGUCUCGCAAUAAUCUCAUCGUCGUGGAUGAUGCUGAUCAUGACUUUCGAGAUAGGUUAGCUCUGCCGAGUCCAUUGAGGACGUCAGCUAGGCUAGCCACACUAGAUUUAUCCGGAAUUAAUGAGUCUUCUAUAUUCAUCAGCGAGGGCAAGACCGUUGGCACACUUCAAAAGAAGGAUAUGGAUCUGCUUUCAGCGAAUAUGCUUUACAGAGGCUCACCUCAAAUCUGGAUCGUAAUUCCAGCUAGAGAGUCCUCAAAGCUUGAAGCAUGUCUUUCGGAAUUGACACCUUUAUCCUAUACCUGCGAUCAGUUUGUCCGACAUCAAAACAUCUUGAUUGAUCCUCGAAGACUGAGGUUAUGGGAGAUUCAAUAUAGUAUUGUGACUCAGAAUCCUGGCGACCUGAUUGUGACGGAUCAUUGUGCGUAUCAUCAGACCUUUAACACAGGAUUUAGCGUUGCGGAAGCUGUGAUUGGAUGCGAGAGUACUUGGCGCCCACCUAUCUCCUACCUGCCUUGCCACGGUCCUAGUACAACAGAGAUAGAGGCCUGCUACAAUGGCCAGGAACAUGUUACCCACCUGGUGCAGGCUAUGUUCUCAAAGUGUAUACUGGAAAGGCCCGUGGACUUUCCUACAAGACCUUCAGCUAAUCCAGCGGGAGAAACUCAAGUAGAACCUGUAACGGGUCCCAGGAGGAAGCGACCGCGGAGGAACAAAACCACCAUACGCCUUUCGCCUGGACAAGAUAUUUCAGCUGCGCAGGUUCAGCCGCCCAGAUCGUCCAUAGAAUAUUUAGAGAUUGCUGGGGAUGAUGAUGACAGUAAUGAUCACAAUGAAAGGUCGUCCAACAAACCGUUUGUCGCAGAUGACAUGUGUAUCAUGCUGACAGAGCAUGAUGCUCAGAGAAGGCUUGAGAGUCUCAUCUCAGAAGCUAUUGAAUCAUCACAGAAAGUGUUAAGGAUCUCUUUGCAAGAAGCACAAAGCUCCUUUCUCCGAUACAACUCUGACGUCAGCAGACCGGACCAGGCUUACUUGAAUGACACUGCCGUCGACGUUACGAUGGAUAUGCUUACAAGUGCGACGACGACUUACCUAGCAAGCAGCGCCAGCAACUAUGGCAGCCCUCCUCAGAAUUGGGCGCUGGGUUAUUUGGAGCUUGAAGAAGUUGACCAUGUCCUCUUGCCGCGAUGCUAUAACAGGCACUGGGAGCUAGUCGUGAUAUCGCCUAAGGCACAACGGAUUAGGCUGUAUGGUCAUGCCUCCGAAGACUUCGAGAAGUGGGUUGAUAAUUUCAAUGUCACAACUAUCUCCACAAUGAGAACCGAGGUCUUGGCACCACGUUUUCCGCAGCAAAACAGUAUCGAUUGUGCUUUGGUAAUGUUCGCGCAAGCUGAAGUGCUGAUCAACGAUGAAGCUGGAGCAACGAUACCUCAAGGAUCUCUCGCACGAAGGUGUUAUUACUUAGCCAGAGUCGUCAGAUGGUUACGGACUCGACAGCUUAAGCCCGAGGCUUUCCUUCCCUUACUGAAGACUAGUGAAAGUCAAACUGCGGACUUAUAUUCUCCUUUUGUAGGGUCUAUAACCAUUGUCGAAGGUCGGUUCGACUUCGCGAGUCCUGAGGUGUUUGCAAGUAUCGCCAGCUUUCGGCGUGCACAAUCACGCAGCUUAGCGCCUCCUCCAUCAACACUUUAUGCAGCUUUGCAGCUUCUCGCUAGUGCUCAUACCCAGCAGACUCAGUCACAUUGGUAUGUGACCCUAGCACACGUCAUUCUUUGGCACGAGUUUCAAGCACGGCGGAGGACGAUUAAUGAAAGACACAGGAGAGAGUGUCUAAGGCGAAAGAGAAUGAAAUACAAUGGGGAAGAAGCACCACGUGCACAUACGAGGUGGGCGAGUACGGUCGCUUAUGAAGAGAUUCUUGCCGAGUUAGGCGCGUCAAGCAAUAUUCGAGAGCAAGAUCUCAAAGUCCGUAUCCAGGCAGGGAAAACAAUGUCGAGGUUAUUCGAUGUAGUGGGUGACGGUAUGCAGUACCCGUUCUGGAUGCUUGCUUCCGAGCAGGAAGCUCAACGUAUAUCAGGACUAGAGGACUUCGGGACGUUUGAGAAAUACUUGGUACACCAUAGGCCGCGACUGCUAGACCGUCGGUAUGCGAUAUGUACUGGAUUGCGCAUUGUGCUCGGUUUCGAGGUUGGGUACCUGAAAAUCGACUAUAUGGAGCCGUUACAACUCCUUCGAGAGGAGCAAGAUUCUGACUUACUCCUUACAAGUCUGGAAGCGGUCAAUCAAUGA